GAUCUUGUCAACAGUAAGACUUCGGCGGAAGAAGCGAGGCUCAUUGAGGCGGUCCGUUUGGGAAGGGUCCUGCACUUUAAAAGAAAAUAGCCAUGCUGUGAAAUUCAGACACAAAAUUCUGAGAAGACUCUUGGGAGAGACACUUUACAUUUAUCACCUGAUAUUUAUUCUGCAGCCAGUUUGGAACCAAUAAAACCUCUGAAAUGAGUCUGAGAUAUCUUAAUUCAGAGAUGACAAUGGAGGACAGAAGCAGCCGCACCGGCGGCAGAGAAAGGCUGGGACUGAGCUUCACUAUUGACUACCUUCUGUUCAAUAAAGGAGUCAAAGGUUCUAAAGAAGAAGCGACAGGAAGUCGUACGGCAGAGCAGACAGCGAACAACCUGCUAAAUCAUCAGAAUCCUACACCCAAAGAGGUGGGGAUUCGCUCUGAGAUACAGGAGAAGCGGGUACAGAGGUCAGAGGCAGAGACUGAAGACAGGAAAGUCAAAGAAGAGGAGGGGGAUGAAGACCAACAAGAGGAGGGGGAGGAGGAAGUGACCACCACCACAUCUACCAGCAGCAGUCCAGAGAAGUCGGCAGACAAACCCAACCAGUCGUACAUCGCACUCAUCUCUAAGGCAAUCCUGACGUCGGAGCAGAAGAAGCUGCUGCUAUGUGACAUCUAUCAGUGGAUCAUGGACCACUACCCGUACUUCAAGAGUAAGGAUAAAAACUGGAGGAACAGCGUGCGUCACAACUUGUCCUUAAACGAUUGCUUCAUCAAAGCGGGCCGCAGUGAAAACGGUAAAGGCCACUUCUGGGCGAUUCACCCCUCAAACUACCAGGACUUUUCUAACGGUGACUACCACUGCCGGAGGGCACGGCGGAGGGUGCGCAGGGUGGCAGGACAGCAUCCCCUUUCCUCCCUGAGCUCCCCCUACCACCCUGCCCUCACCCGGCCCCACAGAACGACCUGUUGGUGCUGUCCUCAAGUCCAAACACUUCCUCUCUCCUGCUUGGCACCCAGACUCUACUGGCCAUGGUCCAGUGUGCAGCCUCAAGUGGGGCUCCAUCCGGGCCUGCGUGCCUCUGUACUGUGAGAGUGAAUAGGUUGUAUUUUAGAGGUAUUCUGACUAAUUUGCUAAUGAAUAUGUCAUUAGGUGAUGUUAAAAUUGAAGUGUACUUGGACAAUGUUACAUUAUAUUAAAGGCAAAGUGAUUUUAGGAUUUCAACGAUUGAAUAAAAUAUAUGAAGCUGCACUUCUUUCAUUUGUAUUCCAAAUGUUUUUUAGA